GAGCAGGCACGAGGAGGUAGUGCUUUUUAUUUUCUUGCAAUGGAUGCAUAUCUUUCCUUGAUGGAUAUCUUCAUUGAUCAUGAUGUUACAAAAAAGAUCUUCUCAAAUCACGAAAUGACAAACAGGGGGAAAAAAGAGGGACGCUUUAUUAUUUUGGUUGCUUUGAUGUGCCCCAAAAAUUUCUGCUACAAAAAGUUCCUCCCUCUCAUUGAGAAUAUCUGCAUAAGAACGUCGUGACUGCUGGUCCUCGUAGAGAAAACGAAGUUAAAAUGAAUCUUGUUUUGAAAAGUUCAACAUUUAUUUCUAUUUCUAUGCAGCAAUCUUCAUCCAUCAGUCGUUCUUCGUUUUGUUUUUGUUUCUUGCAUGUUAUUUGUUCCACGUCUUCUAGAAUGAAUGAGUAUUUCGAUUAAGCCUUAUUUCUUCUACUUCUGUUGACAGAAAAAGUGUCCAGAAUUCUAUAUUUAUAUCUGAAUGUUUAUAAUCAAGGAGAAUAGGUUUAGGUUUAGGUACAAAUACAAUCAUCCUCAUCAUCAUCAUAAUAAUAAUAAUUAUUGAGUACUAGAAGAAGACGAAGAGAUAGUCAAGCUUCUUUCUUUUACGUUCUUUCUCGGUGGUGAAUACCAUCAAUCAAUGAUUAAGAUCAACAAAUAUUCAUCAUCCCAAAACGACCGCCCCCAAACAACAUCAAUAGCAAAAAGAACAGCAAGAGACGUGCGGGUAGUGUCGGGGAAGAAUCGGGGUGGUGAUUCUUCAUUUAGUUUUAGUUCAAGUGGUCGUCCGUGAUCGUCAUAGUUGUUUGGAAGAAUAUCUUUGAAAAAACCACUGAAAGUCAAGGAAGUAAUCAUAAUGUUGUAAGUACUGGCAGACUUGUGGUCAAUAAAUACAAGACCAGUCUUUUUAUAAAUAUUUAGUAGAUUAAUUUAGAGAACGGGUGUAGGAUGGACUUGGAUGGAUCGGAUGGACCUACCAAAACCAAAUAUAUCCACCUUGGGUCCUACUUGAAAUGCUUAGCGAAGCGGGGAAGUCCAUCCGUUCCAUCCGAUCCACUCCAUCCUGGAUCGGGCACCUCUAUUAAUUGUUCUAAUAUUUAGGAUUACCAUUUGCCUCACUAAAAUACCUAUUAUAGUUAGUAACCUAAUACGCCCAUCCUCAGUCAACCUUUCCAUCCAAAAAACGUCGUAGCUACAUCAAGAACAUGUCUCUAAAAUUUUUAUCUAAUUAGUCUCAGCCUACAACUUUUAGUUGUAGACAACUAAUUAGAUCACCAUCUCUACCUUUUUUAUAUUAUACAACUAAGUAAUUAUUAUAUCAGCGGCAACAUCAUCUUCAAGUAGACGAGGAAGAAGAUGUCGGAUUCUCUGUUCAACUCGUCAACGGCAGGGGAGCAGGUGAUGAGGGAUGCCACCUCCUCCUCAACGGCCAACUACAUUGUGGAUCACUUCGACGAUGCCGCAGUCGCGCCAGAGGUCAUCAAGAGGGGCGUUGCGCAGAUCACCACUAAGGAAGAUGCUAUGGAUAGCGAGCCAAUGAACGAUGCUGGGAAGAAGGGAGCUGAGAUCGAAAUCGUAGUUCCCCUGGAGGCUAAUAUCGUUCCAGCGCCAAAGUUCGAAGCGGCCAUGAGCUUCCAGGAAUUGUCGGAAUCAAUUCCACUUAGCGCAACAACUCUGCAUUUUUCGGCAAGACCAGGACAGGAGUGCUGGAAAAUCUGUACUACAUAGACAUACAAGUACAAGAACUCCUUGAUGUUGAACAAGAAUAGCUUUAAUUUACAUACAAGUACAAAUCCUUGAUGAACAAUUAUAGCUUUAAUUUACAUACAAGUACAACUCCUUGAUGAACAAUUAUAGCUUUCUUGUUCAUUCCGCCUCCUGUCUCAGAGCGAGGUCGAGCAAAAAUGCAGAGCCACGACAAGAACAUCUUCUUCCUUAUGAAUACUCACAUCAGGUAACAAAAUUACAUCCGUCUUGUCGAAGUAUGAGGCGUUGAUGAAGAUUCGUGGCACAACGCUGUGCGUUACCUGCAUGGAACCACGCUGCGGCAUUCUUAUUACGCCGUUCCAGAACACCAAAGGAGCGCGCUUUGCAGUGGAAUUUCGACGUACAGCUUAAACUAAAUUGUUCUAUGACAACACAUACUAUUUACUACCUCAGCUCAAGGCUCGUCCUUGAUGCCUGUAUCCGACAUACCAGUGAGACCCAACCGCAAAAAGAAUAAAGUAGAAAUGAGUAAAUGAAUAUUGAACGCUCGAAAUUCCAUCAAUCAGAAUCACCCUAGUUGAUUCUCCAGGCGGUUGGGUCUAUAAUGAGGCUAGAAUAAGAAGGCCGGAAGAUGAGUACGGCGCGUUCUAGUUGUUCUGAAUCUGAUUAACUGAAACCAAAGAACGGCUAACUGAGAAGUGUCUUGCGCUGCUGCCAUGUGAUGGAGGCACCAGUCACCUCAAUCACAUGGUUAUUUUCAGUCAUCAGUUUAGGAAGAAAACAGUGGGUGGAGCAACUGGUUAGUGGUGACAAGGAUAUGGGUCAGCACGUCGAGCAAUCUUCGGCUUCAUCUAAGUGGGGGAUGGUCUCACCAUCUUCCACAAGGAUGGAGGCUGAACAAUCGGCGCAGUACAUCAUGAAGGACACCGUGGGAAAGUGGUGCGAAAAUGAUGGGCGGAAAGCAUUUUCCCUUGCGUAUGGAAUGGAAUUAGCGCUACGCAGGCAGCAGAAAUCAUCACCAACGGGGCAAGAAUUGAGUGCAUGGGCGUUCUGAACCCAACUAGAAGCACCAGGGCAGAAAGAUGCGUAGACUUUUAAACGCUGCGCAACUGGCGCGCGGUUAUGAAUAACAUUCGUGCCCAAGUUACCUUGUGGCUUUUAAUUCAAUUCGGCUAUCCCUUUAGCUGAAAACUGGCGCGCGGUGCAUGGUGCUUGUGGUUGGUUGAUCUCAUCCCUUUUGAAGUGGAGGGGCUUACUGGCUAUUGUCCCUGACCUCUUCUGUCUCUCGGCGUUGUAGUCCUCAAACCCUGCCAGCUUCGUUGCCUUUAUCUCGUUUGAUAAGGAGGCGCGGCUUAGUGGCUAUUAUCCCUGACCUCUUUUACCUUUCGGGGGAUGUUCGUUUCUUCUUCGCGCGCUCUAUAUUACGACUGCGUUUGCCUGCUUGCGCUUUAGUCUAUUUCAUAGGAUUUGAUGUUUGAGCUGUUCGUGAUUACUUCGGUAUUUUGUUUUUGCCGUCUUAUGAUUAUUUUUAUUUCCCUCUGGUGUUAUAUAAUAUAACUUAAUUAUAUGAUAUAUAUGAUAGUGUUAACAUAUAUUUCUGCUUCAAGUUAUUUGCUCAUAUAACAACUUCAACAGGCGAUCACGGAAAUAUCGAAUCCUUCGGAAAGUUGUUCCGCGCCGUCAAGGACGCGCUUUUGUCGGGAGGUAAUAGCACCCUCUCUCGCGGCGUCGAGAACAGCUGCGAUAAUGACUGCGAUAAUGUCACCUUUAAGAUGACCUCCUGCUCACUUAAUAAUCCAACAUAAUCCAUCUUUUACUUCAUCUUCUGUGAGCAGCAGUAGUUUUCAACAAGUGGACACAGAAGAUGUUGAGGCAUCUUCAAGCGAUGGAUAAGGUUAAGGAUUGUUGUAGUUGUGAGUAGUACUUUUAGUUCCACUUCCAAUACCUCUUGCGGUACUGGUAGCGACGUUUCCAGCUUGGAUGACCUAGAAAUGUCAAUGGACUGGAUCCCAGACCUUACGGUCCAAGAACAUAAUAUUGCUCAGCAGAUCUAUCGAUUGGCGCAACAGGGUACUUACUAUUAAUACUGUCACUGCUAGCACGUGCAAAAUAAAGAGUAGAGCAAGAUAUUAAGCAAGAUGAGAAUAUUGAGAGAAUAAAGUAAUGGUAGUGGGCUGGAGUUUCUUGAUCUGAUUUCACACUGUCACUGCUAGCACGUGCAAAAUAAAGAGUAGAGCUCAUGCGAACUCAUGAGGCAAAACGCAAGCAGAGGCUGUAGCAGUGGAGUAGUCUUCUAUACUCCUGGAGUGGUUACAUUCAUUCACUCAUGAGGGCGGACUCGGAGCAGCUAUACUUUUUUUAUUACAUAGAAAUUUGAGUUGUUUUUAUUUGAUACUACAGAAGUUAUUUUUGGUUCAUUGUGGUUGUGGUAGUGGUUCUCUAUCUCUGCUUCUAGAGUUCUUCAUUAUAACGUUGACGACGACGACUAUGAGGUUGAUGUUCUUGCCUCCCAACCUUAGGAACAUGAAUCCAAUCCAAAAAAUAUCAUAUCCCAUGAAUUAGUUCCCCUUAGGAACAUGAAAAUUCCAUGAAUCAGUGUCAGAAAAAAAAAACUAUCAGUUCACCUUAGGAACAUGAAAAUUCCAUGAAUCAGUGUCUUCAGAAAAUUAUCUUUUGUUUUUAAUUAUAUCCCAUGGCAUGAAUCAGUGUCAGAAAAAAAACAACAUUUUCUACUGAUUUCAUUGAAAAUUAUCUUCAAGAACCCAAUCCAAAAAAAAAAAACAUUACACGAUCAUAGGCGGCGACGCAGCAAUUGAAGCAGCUGGUCUCUUGACUUCAGCAGUGGUGGGGAUGGACACCCGCGCAGCAGAGUUCUGGCUCGCUUUGAAGCUCCUCCUCAGUUCGCAGCGUGAGGCUUGCAGCUAUUCCGCGCUCAAAUUCGUUGCGGAGCAAGAUUGUACUUAUUGUACUAUUUCUAUGUACUAUUGAUUCUUCUAAGGUAGGUGUAGGUGAUACUAUUGAUAUUGAUUCUUCUAAGGUGUAGCUGACUUUCUUUCUUUAUAGACUAUUCUUCUAAGAUUUGACCCGCAAGAUUGUACUAUUCAUUGAUUUCUAAGGUGGUCGUGACUUUCUUUCUCUAGAAUUAACUUUCUUUCUUUAUAGACUAUUCUUCUAAGAUUUGACCCGCAAGAUUGUACUAUUCAUUGAUUUCUAAGGUGGUCGUGACUUUCUUUCUCUAGAAUUAACUUUCUUUCUUUAUAGACUUAAAUAACUUUCUUUCUUCUAAGGUGUAGGUCGUGACUUUUUUUUUUGAUAGACUUUAGACUUAUUUUCUUUAUAGACUUAAGUUAAGGCACUACAGUCAGUAGUCGCUUUUUCUUUUUCUACUGAAGAAGAGGAAGAUCAUGAUCUUUAUCCUUAACACAUCAGAAGUCGCUUUUUCUUUUUCUACUGAAGAAGAGGAAGAUCAUGAUCUACUUCAAGUAGUUGUUGAAAUUAUAUAUUGCUUUUCCCACGACAAAAACGACAUCUAUCUAUCUAUACGACAUAGUGGGUACAUCUAUCUAUCUAUCUACCACGACAAAAACACAAACAGCGCAAUUCUCUGCGGAAUUUGUGGAAGUAGGGCUUGGGCGUGACGUUGCGGAUAUUGUUGGACUCGAGGAAACCAGUCUCCACUUAACUCGCAAGGCUAGUGCCUUGUUGCGCGUACUUGCCCAGACGCUCUGGCAGAUCAACGGAAAGACGGAAGAGGUAACCUUUUUUUGGAUUUCUAUGCAAAAAGAAGUAGUCAGUAGUAGUGUCUUCUAAACCCCUGGAGUGGGUACAUUCAUUCAUUCAUUCAUACACCUCCACACUCUUUUUAGGCUUAUGAUCCCAUGCAACAAAUCAUGUUAAUGUUUUACACCUCCACACAACUCUUAGGAUUAUGAUCCCAUGCAUGAAUGGUUCUGGUAUUUUUGGUAUAACCUGAAUUUGAUCCUAAGGGUUCUCUUCUUGUUUUCCCUUAGGAUCAAAUUCAGGUUACCAAAUACCAGGGCCAUACAAUGCAACAAAUCAUGUUUUACAACAGCGCGAUGCCUUUACUCGGGUCGCUACGGAACCAGGCAGCUUUGAGUGAGUUGCUACGUGGUUCGAAUGAAUGAAUGAUAUCUUUUACUUUUUAUUCACCUCAACACCAAAUACACGUAGAGCACCUUGUUCUUGUUGAUUGUUGAGAGCAUUUGAAACUCAACAACAGGACUACGAAAUGAUUGUCGCGGAGUUUUAUGAGGCCUUGCAAGACCAGGAAGGCAGGAUCCCGGAAGACAGCCAGGUCCGCGCCAACUUCGACAAGGCUCUCUCGGAUGUCCGCGCUAUCGUAGGAAAACAGGAGAAGUAA